GGUUCGAAGGAACCCAAGCACGGGUUCCUCGAACCCAGCACAGGUUCCUCGAACCCAGCACGCCUGGGUUCCUUCGAACCAAGCACGCCUGGGUUCGAUGGAACCCAAGCACGGGUUCCUCGAACCCAGCACGCCUGGGUUCGAAGGUACCCAGGCUUGGGUUCCUCGAACCCAGGCGUGCAUGCUCUGUACUCUCUUAUCUCUCUCUCCGCCUCUGAUCGAUGUAAGUAUAAAAUCCUCAUCUUUGGUUUUCUGUUUGUUUGCUGAGAAAGUAGGUUGGAAAAUCAGAGAAAUUGCUGACUCGGUCAAGACAUUUGCUUGUUUUGCUGUUUCUGACUCGGGAGCUGAGCUCAUUGAUGCUGUUCUUGAUGUUGUGAGAAAGGAGGCAGAGAACUAUGAUUUGUCCUAGGCGCUGGUGCUGGGUUCCUUUGAACCCAGUAGGGAGGGGAAGGAGAAAAGGAAAGAGAAGGAGAAAUUUUUUUAUUUAUUUAUUAAAUUAUAUAUUUGGUGCCAAGUCACAAUAUUUUGAAGUUCGAGGUAAAUUUAGUUGAAAAAUGAAAGUUAAGGGACUGA